CCCACCACCCCCAAACCUGAAGACACGACCCCUGAGGCACCGACGACCAAGGCCGACUCUCCCACCAGCCCGAAGCCUGAAGACACGACCCCGGAGGCACCGACGACGAAGGCUGAGUCUCCCACCACCCCCAAACCAGAAGACAUGACCCCUGAGGCACUGACGACCAAGGCUGAGUCUCCCACCACCCCUAAACCAGAAGACACCACCCCGGAGGCAGCGACGACCAAGGCCGACUCUCCCACCACCCCCAAACCUGAAGACACCACCCCAGAGGCCACAGAGGCACCGACCACCCCAGAGGCACCAACGACCAAGGCUGAGUCUCCCACCACCCCCAAACCUGAAGACACAACCCCGGAGGCACCAACAACCAAGGCUGAGUCUCCCACCACCCUCAAAGCUGUAGACACAACCCCAGAGGCACCAACGACCAAGGCUGAGUCUCCCACCACCCCCAAACCUGAAGACACAACCCCGGAGGCACCAACAACCAAGGCUGAGUCUCCCACCACCCUCAAAGCUGUAGACACAACCCCGGAGGCACCAACGACCAAGGCUGAGUCUCCCACCACCCCCAAACCUGAAGACACAACCCCGGAGGCACCGACCUCCAAAGUAGACUCCUCCACCACUCCUAAGGUCAAGGGGACUACCUCUGCAGCCACUGAGGCCGACACAAGUGCUCUGAAGAAAACACCACCUAUUCAAGUGACAACUACUGUCCCUGUAUUAGUAACAACUGCUAAAAAAGCCACAACCACUCCAAGGAAGGAGGCGGUCACAACAACUAGCAAGCAAACACUCAUACCUGAUGCAGGGGUAAUGGUUUCAGAAACAACAACAGAGAAGAAAAUUACAACUCCUGCACCCAAAUUAGCAACUACCACAACUGGAAAAGACACGACUACAGCAGUACAGAGGAUAGUGGUGACUGCAGCUAAGGCUACUGAGGUUGUAUCAAUAACUGACAAAAAAGACAAGACAACAGCUAAAACUGUUACUACUCCUACAACCAAAGAGCCCACAAGUAAAAUACAAACAACUACGGUGAACAAAGAGAUAACAACACCCAAGAAAGACAAAACUACUGUGCUUAAAGACAUUAUCACCACAAGUAGGAAAGACACGACUACUGUAACUCCGGUGGUAACAGCUGAAGGGAAGGACGAUACUCCGAAUACAACUCCUACAGCCAAGCAAGCUGUCGCUACAGCGGCUGAGUCGGAAGCAACUACUGCGGACAAAAAGACUGCCACAACAGCUGCAGAAAAAGAACCAGCCCUAGCUAAACAAGACAAGACUCCCAUACCAAAGGAGACUUCAACUGCCAAAAAAGAGGAAAGCCCUGUGGGAACAGCGACUGUAACAAGCACAGCUACAACUCCCAUGCCCAAGACCACUGUGUUGACAACUGCCAAAACACGUUCAACUCCUAAACCCAGGGAGAUUGAGACAACAAGUAAAAGAGACACAACCCUGGGAACCAGGCAGACUGUGACAACAGUAGCUAAAGAAAGCACAAGUGCUGCCUGUGUUGUUGUAGAGACAACAACAGCUAGUAAAAAAGAGGUAAUGACCAUCAAAGACACCAGCCUCACACCUGAAAAAGAAAUGCAGGAUGCCACUGAAAAGGCCCCUGGUACUGAGAAAGGAGAGGCAACUGCAGUUACCAAAGAGACCACCACAAGAGAUAAAAAAGACACAAUAGAAGAAAUGAUUAUUGUUUCUAAAGGGACAUCCAAGCCGGCCAUACAUUUCCAGGAGGUUACUGACACGAGAGAUGAGCCUCAUCCAGCUGACCCCAAAACUCUGCCCGCAAAAGAAGAGCCCGAGAUCAACAACAAACCUUUCGUACAGACUGCGGACGUGGGGAUUUUAACUGGAGAAACACAAGGUAAUUGCACUCCCGGGGGUACAAAAGCACGAAUAACUCCAACAGAGAGCACAACAACACACGUGAGUAAAGGACAUGCCAUACCUUUCCACGCGGUGCCAGGAGAACGCAGCGCUCCUGUCCCCGGAGUCAAGCGUGACCACGGUGCUACAGCUGCCGGCAUCCCACAUGCUGGGACCUCCGUCUUCAGCUGUGGCGGGCCCCUGUACUGGCGUUUCACGAACGGAGUGAUGGAUAAAGGCUAUCCCAAACCUCUCGCCAACGGAUUUGCGGGGCUGAGUGGGAAAAUAGUGGCAACCCUCCCCGUGGCAAGAUACAACGCCAGACCAGAAUCGGUUUAUUUUAUCAAAAAAGAUGGCAACAUGCAACAGUACGUGUACAGACAAGAGCCAGCCAAGAAGUGUCCACGAAGGACGCGGGUCACCAUCAGAUACCCAGCCUACGUCCCAAGGCUUGUCAUAAGGAGACGCUUUCAACGCGCAGUGAGAAUGCCAACCAUCGUUCAGACUGUCAGAAUCAACCCAUAUGCAUCUGGAGUUUUGCGUAAGGAAAUCAAAAUGACGGCCUACUGGAGAGGGCUCCCGAAAGUUGUUCAUUACACUCUGUCACUGCCCAACUACAACAAGCCAGACGGCUAUGAUUACUACGCCUUCUCUUACAACCGGUACUACAGUUUGGAUGUUGGCAAAAGAAUAGCAAGACCUGUUACCGCUCUCACAGGAAAGACCGUGUCCAAAGACUGGUACAACUGUCCUAGCAAGUGA